UGUCCCCUUUCCCCUGCAGCGGCCGGAGGGGGCGUUUGGAGGGGACCGGCUCCGCCCCCGCCCCGCCUCCGCCCGCAGCCGGGUGGGGAGCGCGUGUUUAGGUCACAUGAGCCUCUUGUCCGCCAGCCCCGGCCAGGCCCCCUGCCACCCCCGCCGUCCCCGCUGCCCGCCGUCCCGGCCACCACCACCAACACAGGCCGCCUGCCUGUCUCGUUCCUCCGGCCGCCGCUGAGGCGCUACGUUGCGCUGCCUGCACCCAGGGCUCGGGAGGGGGCCGCGGAGGAGCCGCCCCUCGCGCCCGGCCCGGAGUCCCCACACCCGGGCCCGCGCCAUGGGGCUCUGGCUGCCGCCGCCCCCCGCGCCGCCGGGCUAGGGCAAUGCGGUCGCCCCCGGCGCUCGGCCCCCGCGGGCACCAUGAGCCCCCUGCUCCGUCGCCUGCUGCUUGUUGCGCUGCUGCAGCUGGCCUGUACCCAGGCCCCUGUGUCCCAGUUUGAUGGCCCCAGCCACCAGAAGAAAGUGGUGUCAUGGAUAGAUGUUUAUGCACGUGCCACAUGCCAGCCCAGGGAGGUGGUGGUGCCUCUGAGCAUGGAACUCAUGGGCAAUGUGGUCAAACAACUCGUGCCCAGCUGUGUGACUGUGCAGCGCUGUGGUGGCUGCUGUCCUGACGAUGGCCUGGAGUGUGUGCCCAUUGGGCAACACCAAGUCCGAAUGCAGAUCCUCAUGAUCCAGUACCCGAGCAGUCCUGGGGAGAUGUCCCUGGAAGAACACAGCCAAUGUGAAUGCAGACCAAAAAGAAAGGAGAGUGCUGUGAAGCCAGACAGCCCCAGGACCCUCUGCCCACCCUGCACCCAGCGCCGUCAGCGCCCUGAUCCCCGGACCUGCCGUUGCCGCUGCAGACGCCGCCGCUUCCUCCAUUGCCAAGGGCGGGGCUUAGAGCUCAACCCAGAUACCUGCAGAUCAUCAGAAACUUAGCUCAAGACCAGAUGCACAAAUCAGAUGGUG